UGACCAGCCCUGCCACCCGUUCCACAAUAUUAUUGCCAGACAUUCUAGUAAAACGCACUAACGCCUGAAGCGAUAGUUCGACAACAAAAAUCGAUAGGCCCAUCGAUACUUCUGCGCCAUCUUUCUUUUUCGGGAUCCGCACGCCAAGUCAAAAGAGCGAAUCAACAUGCAGCUGUUCGUCCGUGGACUAGAGACCAUCGAGGCCCUGGAGGUUUCCCAGGAGGCCACCAUUGCCGGAGUCAAGAACCAACUGGCCCAGAUCCAUGGAUUCAACGCCGAGGAAUUCAGCCUCGAUUGCGAGGGCAUCACUCUGGCCAACGAGACUCCCGUGACCGCCCUGAGCUCCUUUGAGCUGGACCUCAACAUUCCCAUGCUGGGAGGUAAGGUGCACGGUUCUCUGGCCCGUGCCGGCAAGGUCAAGGGACAGACGCCAAAGGUGGAGAAGCAGGAGAAGAAGAAGAAGAAGACCGGCCGCGCCAAGCGCAGGAUCCAGUACAACCGCCGGUUCGUCAACUUUGUGCAGGGCUUCGGCCGUCGUCGCGGCCCCAACGCCAACUCCACAUAGAGGGAUUUUGGAUGAACAAGUGUCUACCUUUUACUCCAGAUUGAUAUGAUUGUUCAUAAAGUAAUUUCAAACCUUUAAA